AAAGGAUCUGCUGCACCGGCCGGCCGCCUGCCCGGCCGCAGCAAGCAGGGCGCCGCCCGCCGUCUCCGUGGCCCGGGCAGGAGCGGGGAGCGCUGAGGAGGCCUCCCCACCCCCGGGCCCCCCUCCCGCUCGCUCGCUGCCCGCCCGCCUGUGCGGCUUGGGCUGGGGAGCGCGUCCCGCCCACCACCGGGGGGAGGCGGCGGCGGCAGCAGCAGCAGCAGCAGCAGCGAGUCCGCCGCGGCGCGUCGUCGAGAGUCUGGAUCCUCCUCCGCCACCUCCUCCUGCUGCGGGGCCAGCCUGGGGAGCUGCUGCCGCCGCGGGAGCUAGAGGUGCAGAGGCCGCCGCCGCCGCCCAGCGUGUGAGGAGGCGCUUCGAGGCCGCUCCCCAGUGUAGCCGCAGCCGGCGUGAGUGCGCUGCCCAUCCCCGUGGCCUCGGGGCGGGGGUGCGCGACAACGACGCCUUCCCUGUGCCGCCGCGCCUGCCCUCUCUCUCCAGCCGCCGCGUCCGUGUCUGCAGCCCACCCCUGCCGUCCAGGGGCCGCCGCCGAGACGUUCCUGGCAGCGCUGCCGGCGCCCACUGCCCCCCGCGCCCUCUCUGCCGGGCGAAGAAGGGGCUGCCCCCCGCCACCAAGGCCCCUUCCCGUGACGUCCUGCGUUGCCCUCCUGCCGUCGCCGCCGGCCCCCGCCACGCUGCCAGCGCCAGACCAGGCCGCGCCAUGGCGACGGCCCCCGCCGGCUGGCCAGGGGACAUGAUGAUGGCAUGGAGGAGUCGCCUCGUCGCCCCUCGGACGACCCCGUAGGCCCCCUGCCCUGCCAGAACAUGGGCCGGGAGAGGCAGCUGGGGCUGGGCCCGGUGGCCAGGGAGGCGUGCUGCCCGCCGCCCUUGCGGGAGAGCGAAGGGGGGGCGGCCGCCGCCGCUGCUGUCGGGGGGCUUCUCUUCUUGGCCCUGAACGGACACCCGGAGCCAAAGCGCCGGAGGCCGCCGGGCCCCGGGGACUCGGAGGGCGGCGAAGGUCCUGCCAAGAAGCACCGGGCGGCGGCGGGGGGCCCCGCGGCUCCGGACCCCAGCAGCCCGCAGCGCGUGCCCGUCGGCCGGCUGGCGCUGGACUACGUGGUGCCCUGCCUGGACUUCUACGGCAUCUGCGUCAAGGACGCCUUCCUGGGGGAGGCUCUGGGCGCCCAGGUCUUGGCCGACGUGGAGGGCCUCCAGCAGAGCGGCAAGUUCCGCGACGGGCAGCUGGUCAGCCAGAGGACGGUGCCCGCCCACAGCAUCCGCGGAGACCAGGUGGCCUGGGUGGAAGGCCGGGAGCCCGGCUGCCAGGCCAUCGGCACCCUCAUGGCGCGCCUAGACGAGCUCAUCCUGCACUGCGCUGGGAAGCUGGGCAGCUACCACAUCAACGGCAGGACCAAGGCCAUGGUGGCAUGUUACCCUGGCAACGGCAUGGGAUACGUCCGGCACGUGGACAACCCCCACCGAGACGGGCGCUGCGUCACGUGCAUCUAUUACCUAAACCGGCAAUGGGACAGCAAGGUCCACGGCGGCAUCCUGCAGAUCUACCCCGAGGGCCGGCCGGCCGUUGCCAACAUUGAGCCCAUCUUUGACCGGCUGCUCCUCUUCUGGUCCGACCGGCGCAACCCGCAUGAGGUGAAGCCAGCCUACGCCACCAGGUACGCCAUCACGGUCUGGUACUUUGAUGCCAAGGAGCGGGCGGAGGCCAAAGAGAAGCACCAGCUGGCGUCUGCUGAGAAGGGCGGCCCAUCGCCCGGGACCCAGACCAACGGCCCCACUUGAGAGGCAGCUGGAUGCUGCCGUGGGAACCUGACCGCCAAGGACAGCCUUCCUUCCUCUUGGCCCAUUCCAAGCCGCCUGUGUCUGCUGCUGUUGCCGCUGCUGCUGCCGCCUGAGUCUGCUGCCGCUGCUGCCGCCCCCCACCCUGGCUGGAUGCAGCUGAAGCUCCCAGGUCCCAGCCUGGGGGGAGGAGGAGGAGGAGGAGGAGGAGGGGCUGUCCGGGGAGGAGGAAGGGUGCUCAGAAAGGGGGGCAGCGCAUUGUGUGGACCGGCAAGAGGGGCCCCCCACUCCAGCCCCACAUGUAGGGGGCAGCCCCCCCCCGUGGCCCUCUGUGCGCUUGUUCCUGCUCCUGUGAGUCCAUCCGUUAACCGAGAGAGGGCAGCCCAGGGGGGAGAGAGAAUGGGGCAUUGUACGGAGGCAGAGAUGGGACGGAAUAAACAUUACCUCAUGGA